GAGUUGUUUUGAAAGCUUCCAUUUGUGUGCUUCUCUCUUAAAAAAAAAACACAAAAAGAAAAACAAUUACACUCUCUGAGUAUUACAUUCUCUACGCCUAUAUAUAUACAGUAAUACUGUUACUAUGAAACUUAACCUAAAUAUACUUGAUUUCGUUUCUUGAUUUUGUGCUGUUUUUUGUUGGUUUUGGUUCUUGAAAAUGGGGAGAGGUAGGGUUCAGUUGAAGAGAAUUGAGAACAAGAUUAAUCGGCAAGUAACGUUUUCGAAGCGAAGGUCUGGUUUGUUGAAGAAAGCUCAUGAGAUCUCUGUUCUUUGCGAUGCUGAAGUUGCUUUGAUCGUCUUCUCUACGAAAGGCAAAUUGUAUGAAUACUCCACUGAUUCCUGCAUGGAAAGGAUUCUUGAACGUUAUGAGAGAUAUUCAUAUGCAGAGAGGCAGCUUCUUGCUACUGAUACUGAAACAAGUGGAAGCUGGACUUUAGAACAUGCGAAGCUGAAGGCUAGGAUGGAGGUUCUACAAAGAAACCAGAGGCAUUUCAAGGGUGAAGAACUUGAUACCUUAAGCCUUAAAGAGCUUCAAAACUUGGAGCAGCAAAUUGAUUCAGCACUUAAACAAAUAAGGUCAAGAAAGAAUCAACUGAUGUAUGAGUCAAUUUCCGAACUCCAAAAGAAGGAUAAAGCGUUGCAAGUGCAAAACCACCAGCUUGCAUUACAGGUGAAAGAAAAAGAGAAAGCAAUAGCUGAGGAGACACAAUGGGAGCAACAACAACAUCAAAGUGUAGACUCAUCAUCACUACUUGUACCACAGCCGAUGGACACGAGUGGUACCCCUCCAGCAAGAAGCCAAACAAGAGAGGAUGAAACAAACCCAGUCCACAUUCGAGCCAAUGCUCUCCUGCCUCCAUGGAUGCUUCGCCACCUUAACGAUUAAAAAGCUCGGACAGAACUUUGUCGGAACAGCAACUCCAGACAUCGGACGGUAUCUGUAUCAAGAAAAAGAACUUGGACAGAUAUCCCAGUUAUUGCAAGAAAAGUGUAGUGUAUUAAUUUUCAUAAUCAUUACUUAUGUAUAGCUAUGAACUUAAAAUUAGUACUCUCGCUUGUAUAUGUGAUGCUCUUAAAUUACUAGUAAUGCUGUAAUGAUAAUUUCUAUAUAUGUACUAUAUUAUAUUUGUAUAAGCUGUAAAA